AUGCACGUCCCUCCCGCAACGGAGGAAGAAAGCACGAUGAGUAACGUUACAGUCCUCGACAUCAUCGAGUCCGUGAGUCCCGCCAUGACGGCGGCUGGCCCUUACCCUUACCCACUCAGCUUCCAGGUGUCCCUCACCGGAUUCCUCACGCUGGAGAUUGUCCUGGGAUUGAGCAGCAACCUGACCGUACUGGCCCUCUACUGCAUGAAGUCCAACCUGGUCAAUUCCGUCAGCAACAUUGUCACCAUGAACCUCCAUGUGCUGGAUGUGUUGGUGUGCGUUUGCUGCAUCCCUCUGACCAUUGUUGUGUUGAUGCUAUCGCUGCAAGGCGACACGGUGCUCGUCUGCUGCUUCCAUGAGGCCUGCGUGUCCUUCACAAGCGUGGCUACGGCGGCAAACGUGCUAGCCAUCACUUUGGACCGAUACGACAUCUCCGUUAAACCGGCCAAUCGGGUGCUGACUAUGGGACGAGCGGUGGCUCUGUUGGGCUGCAUUUGGCUGCUGUCUUUCCUCAGCUUCUUGGUGCCAUUUAUCGAGGUGGGAUUCUUGGGACCGGAGCCCACCAAAGCCAAUCAGACCACCGUUGUGCAUGUCAAUGAAUAUUACACCGAACUUGGUCUGUACUACCACCUAGUGGCCCAAAUCCCCAUUUUCUGUUUGACUGCCGUCAUCAUGUUAGUCACGUACACCAAGAUCCUGCAGGCGCUCAAUAUCCGCAUUGGUACACGCUUCCACGCCACGCAGAAGAAGAAGAAAAAGAUGAGGAGGAAAAAUAACUUUUCCCUUAUGUCAACAUCUGAGCAACAGCUGCCCGAGAUCACGGAUGCCUCGCAGAGCAACAACCGCGGAAAUGCUCCACUUGGCAUGCGCACAUCCGUCUCGGUGAUCAUCGCCCUGCGAAGGGCAGUCAAACGCCACCGGGAGCGGCGUGAGCGCCAAAAGCGUGUUUUCCGUAUGUCAUUGCUCAUCAUCUCCACGUUCCUCCUCUGCUGGACGCCCAUCACCGUUUUAAACACUGUGAUCCUCAGCGCAGGCCCCAGUGAUCUCACCGUCAAGCUCCGACUGGGUUUUCUGGUCAUGGCCUACGGCACCACGGUCUUCCAUCCUCUCUUGUAUGCCUUCACGAGGCAGAAGUUCCAGAAAGUCUUGAAAAGUAAAAUGAAGAAACGGGUGGUUUCCAUCAUCGAGGCGGAUCCGCUGCCGAACAACGCAGUGAUUCGAAACUCCUGGAUCGAUCCCAAACGGAAUAAGAAAGUGACGUUUGACGAUCACGAAGCUAGGCAGAAAUGCCUAUCAUCCGAAGAUGCAGACUAAAACCACUUUGCGACCUCCAGUACAGGGACUAGUUCUCAUUAAAGCACUGUUACACAUAAAGGGAACCAUGUUAUGUGAAUAUUAGUCUUACAUGAGCAGAUAUCGAAGAAUCGGUUACUAUUUAUAACUUGGAAUAUAAUAUGAUAGGUUUCAUAGAUUGAUGCUAUUGCAGUUACAUGGCGCAUGUCCUUUAUAAACCACUGUAUGUACUGUAAAUACAUGAAAACUGAGAUUUGUACAUACUCUUUAUCAGUUAUGUACCUCAUAUAUGACUUGUAGCCUGUGUAUACAUGUAUUUAUAAUAAACUAGA